UAAGAGACGAUAUAUUUGUACAAGUAUUAAUUAUUGUGUAUGUACAGCAUAACAACAAUUGCUAUAUAUGAUGGAAGAAUAUCCACCUAUUAAUGUACGUUUAGCAGUAAAUAGAGUUAAUUUAAAUUUAAUAAAAAAUAAUGACACACAACCCCGAAUAUAUACACCGGGAGAAGAAAUUUCUAGUCAACCGGAUUUCUUAAGAGGACAUGGAACAUAUGUAGAUGAUGAAAAUACAUUACGCGCAUCCGUAGCUGGUGUUUUAGAAAAAGUAAAUAAACUUAUUUCAAUAAGACCGUUGAAAGCGCGUUAUCAAGGCGAAAUAGGAGAUGUAGUUGUUGGUCGUAUAACUGAAGUGCAACAGAGACGAUGGAAGGUUGAUACAAAUUCCAAACUUGACUCUGUAUUGCUACUUUCCAGUGUUAAUUUACCAGGUGGAGAAUUGAGGAGGAGAUCAGCAGAAGAUGAACAAACUAUGAGACGCUAUCUUCAAGAAGGAGAUUUAAUUUGUGCAGAAGUUCAAAGUACUUUUGUCGAUGGUUCUCUUUCAUUACAUACUAGAGUUUUAAAGUAUGGUAAAUUGUCUCAAGGUAUAAUGUUGAAAGUAUCUCCAGCUCUUAUAAAAAGAAAGAAGACUCAUUUCCAUAAUUUGGAAAAUGGUGCAAAUUUAAUAUUAGGAAAUAAUGGUUAUAUUUGGAUUGGAACUAGUAGGCAAGAUACUGAUAGAUCAGAAGGUGGUUUUACACAAGAUUCAUCAAGAAUUCCACAAGCAAAUCGUGAAGUUUGUGCACGAUUACACAAUUGUAUUUUAAUCUUAGCACAAUGUAAUAUCCAACUUACAGAUACAUCUGUUACAUAUGCAUAUGAAGAGUCUAUGAAAUAUAAAGUAAAUGAAUUGUUGGAACCUGAGGUGAUGUUUGAUGUAUCAAUAGAUUACCAUCGAAGAUUAAUACAAUAA